GGACUCCCCAGUUCUCGGACUCCCGAGGACUCGGACUCCCGAGGACGCGGACUCCCGAGGACGCGGACUCACAGACUCCCCAGACCAGAAGGAUGCCAGGAUGCCGGUCAUGAGGUCCCAAGCCCUCCUCCUGCUGCUCUGGGUGCCCCUGGCCAUGACGGAGACCUGGGCGGGCCCUCACUCCCUGAGAUAUUUCUACACCGCCCUGUCCCGGCCGGACCAGCCAAGACCCCGCUUCGUCAUCGUGGGCUACGUGGACGACACGCAGAUCGAGCGGUUCGACAGCGACUCCGAGGGGCCGAGAGCGGAGCCGCGGGCGCCGUGGAUGGAGCAGGUGGAGCCGGGCUAUUGGGACAGGAGCACCCGGAACGCCAAGGACUCCGCACAGACUUUCCGAAGGAACCUUCACAACCUGCGCGGCUACUACAACCAGAGCGAGGACGGGUCUCACACCCUCCAGUUGCUGUUUGGCUGUGACAUGGGACCAGACGGCCGCCUCCUCCGCGGGUACCACCAGUACGCUUACGAUGGCACCGACUACAUCGCCCUGAACCAGGACCUGAGCUCCUGGACCGCAGCCGACAUGGCUGCUCAGAUCACCCAGCGCAAGUGGGAGGAAAAUGGUGAGGCCGAGGAAAGGAGACACUACCUGCAGGAUGACUGCCUGGAGUUGCUCAGCAGAUACCUGACGAUGGGGAAGGAGACUCUGAAACGCACAGGUACCCGGGGCCUGGGCCUCCCUCCUCUCCCCUGGGGCUGGGGCUCCACAAGGAGACAGGACACAGGGUCAGUGUCAGACCCCCCUCCUGUGGGCCAGGAGACUGAGUCCGCCUGGCUUUUCAGAUCCAGUGACGCCCUCCCUUCUCUCAGGGACACCUAGGGGUGCAGUCUCUCAGGGACAAUUAGAGGGGAGACCAGCCUGAAGG